GCUGUCCGCUGUAAUGAUUGGCUGGCUCCAGGGUCAAGGAAACGGGAAGCGCACAGGUUGCGUGUUCUUGAUUACUUUCUGGGGAGGAGAAGAAGCCAGAGCGCGACUGCGGCGGAUCGACACUUUCAGAAACGCCUGGUAUUUACAACCGGAGGGGCGUGCUGACAAAUAGCACAACUCGUCGUCCAUAAAUGGGGUGCUUCUUCUCCAAAAAAUCGAGGAGGAAAUCUCCCAAAAAAGACGCUGCUUUACCCACCGGGGACGAGAGCGCUACGGGCAAUGACCUCGCCGAAACCAACAACACUGCGCUGGGCAGCAACAGCAACCAGGAGGCUCCAAAGCAAUACAGCUGGGACAAACGAGAAAAGGUCGACCCCAAAGACUUUAUGCUGACAGGCCUCAAGAAUGAGACCGUGGGCAGGUUACCAGGCAAGCUCAACGGUCAGCAGUUUGUCAUUCAGGACUGCGAAAACUGUAACAUAUUUGUGUUGGACCAUUCGGCAACUAUUACCAUCGAUGACUGUGUGAACUGCCGCAUUGUGUUAGGUCCGGUCAAAGGCAGUGUGUUCUUCAGAGAUUGUAAAGACAUCAAAUGCGUGGUGGCCUGUCAGCAGUUCCGCACGAGAGACUGCAAGAAAAUGGACGUCUUUUUGUGCUGCGCCACCCAGCCCAUAAUCGAGUCUUCUACAGGCAUGAAGUUUGGCUGCUUCCAGUAUUACUACCCUGAGCUGGCUUUCCACUUUAAAGAUGCAGGUCUCAGCAUUUUUAACAACAACUGGAGCAAUAUUCAUGACUUCACACCUGUCUCUGGAGAAACUAACUGGAGUCUCCUGCCAGAGGAUGCUGUUGUCCUGGACCAUGUGCCUCUUCCAGAUCCUGAGUCAGAGUUCAAGUCUGUGAGAAUUGCUACUGAAGCAGGUCGGAGUAUAGUGCCUCUGACUAAAGGGAGCCGGCGAACAGAGAGCGAAGAGUCUUGUCUGUUUGUGUUCUUCGCUGGAGACUACACCACUGCUAAUGCCCGCAAGCUCAUCGAUGAGGCAACUGCUAAAGGCUUUGUCCUGAUUCAGACUAAAGAGGUUUCCAUGCGCCCUGAGGAUGUGAGCCGAGUGUUCCAGAAUAAUGCAGAGAGCCUUACUGAAUGGAUCACCAAAGGUCCAGUGGUAGCGCUUGAGCUGAAUGGAGACGGUGUGGUGGAAGCGUGUCGAUCCUUUGCCAAUGAAGUGUUCAACGGAACACAGCUGUUUGUUUCUGAGAGCAAAAAUACAUCCUCGCGUGAUGUUGACAACUUUUUCAACUUUGCUGACAUGCAGAUGGGCCUGUGAAACUGGGGCAGAGGGUCAGCUCAAUUUAACGUGGGUUCAAAUUUUCUUGGUUUUGUCAAUUUUGAUACAGUAUAAUGAAAUUACAUCAUAUGUGAUGCCACUGAGACCAUUUAAUGGGUUAAAACCACUAUUCACUUUUUUUUCCUCCAGAAAAAAAACAGAAAAUUGUUCUAGGGUGGAUCUGACAAUUUGACAUUUUCAUGUUGAUUAUAUUGACAUAUUGUCAGCGAGUUUAUUUGGAUCCAAUCAAGAAGGCAAGUGCCUUUAGAUAGAGUACUAGAACUAAAGUCUAAUCAAACAUUGCUGUGGACAAUUUCAUCGCUUAUGCUGAAAAUAAUGAAUUUGAUUAUAUAGAUAUUUAUUGAAUUUCCUUUUUUUUCAUAAAUGUAUAGCUGGAAAUUGUUUUACUCUGUCUUGGCUGUAUACAGUACGUCUCCUUUACUUAGUGUAUAGUCAUCAUGCCUGUGUAUAUUUGUUAGAUGUAAAAACAAUAUUGUUCAGAUUUUGUCACAUGCCUAAAAACAUGAAUUGUAUUGAAUUAGAUUUUUUUAUAUGACCGAUAUAAAUGUAUUUUAUUUUACAGUUAGCAUAGCUUUUUAUUUGUAUGUUUUUUUCAGUAUUGUCUUGUUUUUCAAAUGACAUCUGUUUUUAUUGUAUAAGUUUUUACAGUAGCACUGUUCUGAAAAGAAUGUAAAUGCUGAAACUGAUAGGUCGAAUGUACUACUAAACAGGAGCAUUAAUCGUCUCCUUUACAUUGUUCUAUUUUUCUAGGAUCAUUUUAAAGAGCACAACAACUUUUCUGUGACCAGAAUCAUUUGUACACUUCAAAAGAAAAAAUAGUGAUUUUUUUUUUUUUCUUCUAAAUGUUCCUAUUUGUACAAGACAGUUUUUUAGGGAUGAAUAAUAACUGUGAUUUGUCAAUACAAUCAUACUGAUCGAAA